GCCAUGCAGCACACAGAGGCAGGGCCCCAGGGCCCAGGGGCCUCCCUGCCAUAAUGCUGGGGGAGCUGCUCUUUCUCUUUAGGAGUCUCCGUGGGGUCCUGGCCUCCUCCGGCAUCCUGGGAGCUCUGGUGGUUUGGCUCAUGAACUAUAAGCCAAUCUUGUUUGGGUUCCUAUUCCUGCUGCUGUUACUAAGCAACUGGCUUCUCAAGUAUGAACCCAGGUCCACACCCUCAGGGCCCCAGAAGGAGGAGGCAGAGAAAACAAAUACUGCAGAAGCCAACUGCACCAACACCACCAUAAACCCCAAAGAACUUGAGAGAAUGCAGGCCUGCUUUGCCCUCCAGGACAAGCUCCUUGAACGGCUUCUCUUCAGCGAGAUGAAGUUGAAGGUUUUAGAAAACCAGAUGUUCAUCAUAUGGAAUAAAAUGAACCCCUGCAGAGGAUCGAGCAGGCACCGGCAGUUCUCCAGCCGACGCAGGAGGAGGCACGGCUCGACUCUUUCCACUAUCUCUGAUUGUACCUCCAUUUCUCUCGCCUAAUGAGAUUGGUGGGCCAUCCUCUGCCACCAGGACCUUGA